AGAAUUUUCUCAGGCGAGGUUCAGCCUGUCCCGGAGAAACACGUUCGUUUUGAGGACCAGUGUGGAAAAUUUUUUUUAACCAGAAGAAUCUCGCCACCCUUCGUUGAGACGUACUGUGAAGCGGGUCGCAGACGGAAGCAAAAUAUGUACAAGACAGUGCGAAAGGGCGACGCGUCUCUUCAGUACACCAUCUUACCCCAAACCGAUCAGUUCAAUGCCGCCGCAGGAUUUUCGCCGGCAGUCUCGAGCAAGGCGAAACCGAUGGUCCUCAGGUGCACGAUGGCGCUUGUCGUGGCGCUGAUAAUCCUCUCCUGCAUCGCGACCCCUUUUCUGAUUAAUCAGAAGGACCACAACCUGUUCGCGAGCACGAUGUUGAGCAUGGAAAGAGCCGAGGUCAGUAUUCGGAAAAACGGGACCAAAACUGACGCCGAAGACGUCGUCACGGACAAGCAGGACGUUAAGCUCGAAGAGGAGAGAAAUCGCGACGAGCUUCCGGCGAUGCCGGAGGAAAAUGGCCUCCUUGGGACUUCCGCGCCGAGUUCAACUCCUCUGAGCUUGUCGACGACCACGACGUUCUUCUCGACACAGCAGCAGACGUCCUCGGCCUCGUCGACCGUCUUCAGGUCGUCCGCGAACCCUUCGUCCUCGACCGAGGUCCCCAGGAAGCUACCCCGGGUGACCCUGAAGCUUAGAGAAAACGAAACCAUACCGCAAAUGUACAUGAAGGCUGGCAUCGCCUCGUACAAGAAGGGCAACAUCACGACUAGCGUUCUCGCGCAUGGACUCAGCCUCGAAGGACUCAUCUUUAAGACUCCGGAGGGCACGAUCAAACCCUGGCCGCAAAAAUGGUCCUUUACUGAUCCGUCGUCUUACCUUCAGUGGAAGGGAAUCCGGCAAGUUCCAAGGAUGGUCUACUUCAUCAUCGGCGGACUGGCAGCCCUCGCGAUCCUCAGCGUAAUCCUGAUGACCUACGUCCAGUGGAGGGCGUCGCGACGCCUUCAACGAAGGAACGUCGAGGUCCUGGAGAUCGAGAGCCAGGAGGAGGACGAGUCGACGCUUCUCGGUCCGGAGACUCGCGAGGGUGUCGAUAAGGAGUAAAUCGUGCGAAAUUUUUCCAGAUUCAUUUGAUUCGCAUGUUUUUACAAACACAGAGAUAUCCACACAUACACACACACAAACACACACACACACACACACACCCGUUAGAGUGAGGGUCUUCCACGCGCCUUGGUCUUCAAGGGUCUUAGCGACGGUGUGCAUGAUGUACGUUACGUUCAUCCCGGUUCCAAUGUUAUGUGCGACAAUUCGUUUGUCGAGUUGCAAAUUAAGGCGGUGUACGUAUACCAGUUUAGAGGGUUGAAAAAGCGUGGGAAUUUUCGCAAUUUCUAACACGA